AGACCCCUCAAAUGGGAUAAGCUUUUUAAUUUUUCUCAUCACCACCCAUAUUCUCACACCCACAAGUUCAGAGGAGCUUCAGCAAAAAAAAAAAUGGAGUCCUGCUCUUUUCAAAGAGCUCCGACAUUAAUUUGCCCAAGUACAUCAACAUCCACCACCAAACUCAGUUCCCGAAUACCAUUUCCCACCUCAAAAACCCACCAAAACCACCUUUCUCUCUCUUCAAAAACCACCCACCUUAACGCCACUCUCAGAAAUCCAAAGGGGUUUGGUGCCCCAAACAAAAAGAUAAAAAAAACUCCCAAAAAAUUCAACAACGAAGAUGAAGAAGAUGAAGAUGAUGAUGAUUAUGAAGAAGAAGACAAAGAAGAAGGGAUAAUCCCAGAAAUAGUGACAAACAGAAUGAUUAAAAGGAUGGCAUUUUCAGUUGGGAUACCUCUGUCAAUUGGGUUAGCAUUUUUCCCAUUCUUUUAUUACUUAAAAAAAGGGUUAAGUAUUGAUGUGCCAACUUGGGUACCCUUCAUAGUGUCCUUUAUCUUCUUUGGGACUGCCCUUUUAGGGGUUAGUUAUGGGAUUGUGUCCUCUAGUUGGGAUCCUUUAAGGGAAGGUUCUUUCUAUGGUUGGCAAGAAGCUCAAAAGAAUUGGCCUGUUUUCUGGCAAUCUCUUAGGGGUGGUAAUGGUGCUGAUUCUUCUAAGAAAUAAUAUUACUGAGCCUUUUCUCCAUCAUUUGAGAUUCCCAGAAGCUCAUCUUGGUCUUGAUUAAGUUGAAACUGCUUGUAUAUAUAGUGAGGAAAAUACAGCUCACUGCUUGUCUUGUCACUUCCAGCAACAUUGUUUUUUCUACAACCAACCAAAUCUAGAACAAGCAUCCCAAAGCUGUAGGCGUCUGAUUUGUGGGAAGCACCGCCAAAGCCUCUGCAAAACACUUCAGGAGCUAUGUAUCCUGGAGUGCCUCUGGUGCCUGACAUUGUCAUCAAACUCUCUGUUUGUAGACAUGGCUUUGCUAACCCAAAAUCUGAUAUUUUCGGACAGAAUUUUGCAUCAAGAAGUAUGUUAUGAGGCUUAAUGUCGAAAUGCAGUAUACGUGUCCUACAACCUUGAUGCAGGUACUCUAAGCCUCGUCCAAUUCCAAUUGCAAUCUGGAGUAACGUUUCCCAUUCUAGUACUGAAGUUUGAUUUUGAUCACAAUAUAUGUACUUGUCAAGUGAUCCAUUGGGUAAAAAGUCAUAAACCAGAGCUCUUUUUCGUCCUUGGAAGCAGUAACCUAAAAGAGUGACAAUGUUUACAUGAUUAGUCCCGCUAAUGCCGGAAACUUCAUUAAUGAAAUCUGCUCCCUUGCAGUUGACAUUUUUCAGUAAUUUUACUGCAACAACAGAACCAUUUUGUAGUUUGCCUUUGUAAACACCACCAUACCCGCCUUCACCGAGUUUUUCCUUAAAGCGACUGGUCAUUUUCUUUAUUUCUCUGUAGGUGUAUCUUUUCGGAGCACGUUCUCCAUAGCAUCUAAGCAUAGCUUCCACA